AUGCUCUUCGUUUCGAUGUUCUCUUCAACGAUAUCAGGAACGCCGAAUUGUCCUGUCGAAGCUGAUCCAGCGUCGAUUCUAAGCUGUGUUGCGAUCGAUGCCGUCGGAUUAGUUCAAGCAACUAAAGGAAAUCUACGAGUAUUUUGUACGAUGGCAGAACGAUUUAUGGAAUGUGUUAAAACAAAGACGCGCGGUUGUCUGGGUGAAGAGUUUGUACGAGGAUCUUUAACGGAAUUAAUUGAAUUGUCACAGAAGUGUUGUGUCAAUAACAAUGAAAAAGUGCAUGAUGAAUGCCCAUUUGUUUCACGACCACAAUGUUUCUCCUUAAAUGAUACCGUUCAAACACCGACUGGUGACGAAAUAUUGAUUGGGAAUCUUCAAAUAGGCCAAAAAGUCUUGGCUUUUGAUUAUAGCGAUCAAAUCAUUCCAACAGAAAUUAUUGCUAUGUUACAUUAUGAUGACAAAUCUCCAGCGCUGUUCUACACAUUCACAACGGAUUCCGGCCAUCAAGUGUCACUAACAUCAGAACACUUGAUUUACAUAGGUAAUCAAAAUUACGUUCAAGCUCGUCAUGUCGAUUCGAAACUCCAUCAACUAUUUACUAUUCAACAAAACGGUCAAUUGGAAGCAUCAUCUAUUCGUUCGAUCGAUGUGCAAUUGAAACAUGGAUACGCAACACCAAUUACUCAACACGGAACACUACUUGUCAAUAGUAUUAGUUCAUCAUGCUAUGCAUCUAUUCAUCAUCAUUCAAUAGGACAUUUGGCCAUGGCACCUUUACGUUGGAUUCAUCAAACGAAGCAAAUAUUUGGUUUGAUUAAUAAGAACGAGACAAACGAAAAUGGUAUUCAUUGGUACCCGAAAGCGUUGAAUAACAUCGUUCAUACGUUUGUUCCUUUUCCUGGACUGUUCACAACUACAGCAGGCAAAUUAUAA